AUGAUUUAAAAAGACUUGUUAGAAAAAAAAUAACAAUCAAAAAUUAUCAAAUAACCUCAACUUAUUGACUUAGUUAAAUACUAAUAAAAAGAAAUUGUUGACAAAGACUUAUUCAAAUGUAAUAAUAUGAAAAAUAUGAUUUUUAGUUAAACAAUUAUUGGAUCAGAGAAAUUAUGAGGAAGCCUUAAUGGAGAUAGAAGAAAUAAUGAAAUAGAACUAACUUCUCAAAGAUGAAAAAAAGAAUGAUGACGAGCUAUUAAUGCAUAAAUGUAGUAAAGUUUAUAACUCUUAAGCAAAUAUCUUAUUAAGAUUAGAUAAAUAUAAAGAGUCUUUGGAAUGUGUUAAUCAAGCACUUGCUUUAAAUCCAGAAAAUAAAGAACUGUAUUAUCUCUAAGGUGUAAAUUUCUAUCAAGUUUUUUAGGGAUAACAUUAGUUAAGUUAAAUAAAUUUUCAGAGGCUUUUCAAAGUUUUAUUCAUACCAGUCAUUAAAAUCAAGAAUCUUAUAUUUAUCUAGGUAAUAAUUUUUUUAAUUUUCAAUUAAGGGAUAGCACUAGAAAGUAUGGGUGGUUAUACUGGGGCUUACAACUUUUAUGAAGAAGCUUAAAAGUAUGGUGAGAAUUCAUAGUUGUUAAAUAUUCUGAAAGGUUUUUUACAAUACAAUUGUUAUUUUAGCUUAAGCAUUAACUGGUUCAAGAAAAUAUGUAUAAGCUGUGGAAUUGUGUGAUAAAACUAUUUAGAAUACUGAUCUGGAUAAAUUUGCAUAUUCUGUUAAGGGUAUCAAAAGGAAAAAUUAAUUUUAAGCAAGGGCAUUACAAAUGUCACUAAGAUAUGAAGAAGCCAUAGAAGUAUGCGAUAAGUUAAUUCAAAUGGAUGAAAAUUAUGCAAUACCCUAUGAAAUUAAGGGUAUGUUUAGUGAAAAAUAAUUGAUUAGGAAAGAUCUUAUCAGUUUUAAAUAGGCCUGAGGAAGCAAUCGAAUAAUGUCUAAAAGCUAUUGAAUUAGAUUAGAAUAAUUAUUUAACUUUGGCUACCAUCUGUAAAUAAUAUUGAAAGUUUACUUUAGCUGGAGUAUUAAAUUAAUUAAAACGUUAUGAAGAAGCAAUAGAAUUUUCUGAUAAGUCACUUUAAAUUAAUCCAGGUGAUAUUGCUCUUGGCAAUAAGGGUAUUUUUUAAAACUCAAUAAUUAAGGACUUGCAUUAUAUAAUUUAAAUCGACUUGAACAAGCUGUUUAAUGUUUUGACUUAGCCCUUUAAAUAACAAAUAAUCAUCCUUUAAUUAAUUUACAUAUGGGUAUGGUUAAUAUAGAAUAAUCAUUUUAGGAACUACAUUAUUCGAACUAGGUAGGGUAAAAGAAUCCCUUGAAUAUUUCGAUAUGGCCAUCAAAAAUAAUCCAAUAUCUAUUAAUGCUUAUUUGAGAAAAGGUAGAAUUGAAUCUAACUCAAUAUUUUAGGAAUGGCAUUAUUUACUUUAGAAAGAUACUAAGAGGCUAUUGACACCUUUGACUUAUUAAUCUCUAAAUAACCAAAUAAUGAUUAAGCAUUUUUUUAGAAAGGUAAAUGCGAAAAUAGCAAUAUUAGGAAGGUCUCUAUAUAAUUAAGAUAGAUUUGAAGAGGCACUUUUAGCUUUAAACUAAGCCCUUAAACUCAAUCCAGAUGUCUUUUUGAUUUGGAAUAUCGCUGGUAUAUUCAAAUUUAUCUAAAUAAUCAGGAGAAACUUUAAUGGCUUUGAAUAAAUUUGAUGAGGCGUUAUAAUGUUUUUAUAGAUCAAAUAAACUAAACCCAUAGGAUGAAGUAGCUAUGGCUUUGAUUGGUAAGUUUUAUAAGUUAAAACUUUAGGAAUUGCAUUAGAGAGUAUGAAUAAAGAUGAUGAUGCCAAGCAUUGGUUUACUGAAGCCAUAAAAGUUAAUCCAAAAAGUCAUGUUGCAUUGAUUUAUUUGGGUAUAUAUUCUAAUCUUAUAUUUGUAGCAAAAACGUUAUUAAAAACUGGAGAUCAUGAAGAAGCAUUUUAUGCUGCAAAAAGAGCUGUGUUUCUAUAACCUUAGAAUCAAUAGUAUUAAGAGAUUUAUGGUAAUUAUUAAUAUAAUCUUUAGUUAAAGCCGUAUUUAUGUACGAACUUUCAAAAAAAUCUAAGGAAUAAAAGGAAUGAAG